AAUGAAAGAGUGGAUUCUGUUUAAAAAAGAUAUAUAUGGACAACUUAUGUGAUGGUAAAGUCAUAUAUAUGAGCUAAAGUAUUAAUGAGUUAUAAAAUCAAUUUAUUAUUCAACAUAGGCAUAUUUGGACCAUUUCCGUAAAAAGUAUAAAUACACUCUCAUAUAUAAAAUGGAAAAAAAGCUAUUACCCGUUAAGCAAUGGAAAUUAAGCAAAGCAAAAAGGGGGAAAAGGGAGCGCAAUUUGAAAAGCAAACAUGGUAAUAAGUUGGAGAAAUCAGGCUAUGGAGUUAAAUAGAACGAACAAGCGAAGAAACUGCUACUCAGUUUCGAGAAUCUUCGACAAAGCACACAUGGCGGUCAAGCAGCUGAUUGUUGCCGUUGAAGACGCUGACCGCAAUUGGACCUUUCUGUGCAACAGGAGAAGAAACAUUUCACGUGAAGUUAGUUAUAAGACACUGAGGAGAGAAAAAGAAAGAGGAGAGGGGAGAAAGACAUUCUGAAAAGGGAUUGGUUAGACCUGAAAAUGGUUUGCCGCCUGGUUUUGACGUUUUGUUCUCAGCAACGAGAUUGCCCUCUUUCUUUCUAUAUAGAGUGCCCUCUUCUUUUCUCAUGUGUAAUGUGUCCAUAUUGUGAGGGAUGAUGUCCUUUAUAUGACCGUCCAGUUUGCUUAGGUGUCUUUGGAUUUGCCAGUUUGGGUGGUCCUUGGCAGCUUUAUAAUUUGUCGUAACCCUCCUCGGGGUGCAAGGUGCUCAUGCACUCAUAUUAAUUUCGGUGAUGGAUUGUCAGUUGACAUUGAUUAGAUCAUUUGUGGGAAGCGACAAUGAUGGAAUGAUUACCAGAUGCGCCAGUUUAAAGGGCUUUCUAGUCGGAUGCCUAGUUGUUGUGCUUCGUACAUCCAUGCAACAAACUGGGAAAGCUGGCAGUGGACGGUCACUUGCCCUCAUUAUCUGGGUCUGACUCGUUCCUGUAGUCGCCCAUUCUUUUGAUCAUCUCAAGCUGCUCGUUUAGACUGCUCAGCCUCAAUCAAUUCUCCGAUCUGUUGAUUUCUGUUGACUAAAUUAACCUUUAGCCUUGUGAUCCAUGGGCUUCCUCUUGGCUUCUAAUUCCAAGUUCGAUUUGAACUGGAUUAAAGAAACCUAUAUAAAAUAUAUCAACAUAAUUAAUGAGAAAGAGAGAAAACUCAAUUGGAGGAAUUCGAAUUCCUGAGAUUACUGUUUGGAUUGUGACCUUUGGCCAUUAGGCCUCCUUAUGAAAUGUACUAAAAGACAAGGUGUAAAAAUGCGCUCGAAGCUGAAAAAAGGCUAUUAAUAAAACAAAGAAAAGCAAGUCAGUUGGAGCCGCAAUUGGAAAUAGGCAAAAGCGAAAAAGGGGAAUUAAAGAGAGUGAAGAAUUGAGAAGCGGAAGUGAGAGCGAGAACCUCGCGCGGAGAACAGCAAUCAAUUUGCAGAAUCUUUGGCAAAGCACACAUGAUGGAAAAACAGCUAAUCGUUGCUGUUGAAGGCACUGCCGCCGUGGGACCUUUCUGGCAAACAAUCAUUUCUGAUUACCUCGACAAAAUGAUACGGUCCUUCACUAAAUUGGAGCCAAUAGAAAAGAAGCCAUCUGCUGGCAAUUGGCAGCUCGCAAUGGUGGUUUUCACGGUGCAUGGAUCCCAUGGUGCUUGCCUGGUUCGACGAAGUGGAUGGACAAGAGACAUAAAUAUGUUUUCCCAAUGGCUAUCAGCUAUACCUUUCUCAGGUGGUGGUUUCAAUGAUGCUGCAGUUGCAGAAAGCCUUGCAGAGGCAUUAACGAUGUUUUCUUCACUCAAUGGAAGCCAAACUCAACAAAAUGUGGAUGGGCAAAGACAUUGCAUACUUAUUGCUGCAAGUAACCCUUAUCCAUUGCCUACACCAGUUUAUCAUCCACAUAUGCAGAAUGUGGAGCAGAGUGGAAACAUUGAAGCACAUACCGGUAAUCGACUAUCUGAUGCUGAGACAGUUGCAAAGGCAUUUCCUCAGUGCUCUGUUUCCCUCUCAGUUAUAUGCCCAAAGCAGCUUCCGAAAUUAAGAGCAAUAUAUAAUGCGGGAAAACGUGACCCACAAGCAGCUGACCCGCCCAUUGAUACAUCUAAGAAUCCAAACUUUCUUGUCUUAAUUUCGGAAAAUUUCAUCGAGGCUUGUGCUGCUUUCAAUCGCACUGGAAUAGAAAUUUCGGCGCUAAACCAGAUCCUGGUCGAAAUGGAUAUGUCUUCUGUAGCUCCAGUUUCUGCGCCAGCAGCAACUUUUGAUCCAGCAGGUUCAGUUAUGAGUCAACAACCAAUUUCAGCUGGAAAUAUUCCCGCUGCAACCGUAAACAUGGAGCCCACCACUGUAACCUCCGUUACUGGACCUGCUCUUCCACAUAUUCCUACUGCUCGUCCUACUUCUCAACUGGUUGCAAGCUUGCAAAGUGCUUCACCUAUUUCUGUUUCUGAGGAGGUGGUCCCAAAUAAUGAGAUUGUUAAUGAAACAAAACCUAUUCUCAGUGGGAUGACACAACCCUUACGUUCAUUUAGUGGUGCAGCUGCAAAUGCCAGAAUACUGAAUGAUGUUGCUCAAGCCCAGGCACUUGUUGGGGGAACUUCUAUAGGACUGCAGUCUAUGGGUGGGACACCUAUUCUAUCAAACAUGAUACCUGGUGGAAUAUCUUCUUCUACACCUGCUGCUCCAACUGUUUUAUCAUCUGGGCAACUAGCUGUCACUUCACUGUCUGGGUUAGUGCCAUUAGCAGGAACUGGUCAGAUAGCUCAAAACUCUGUUUCUGCAUCAUCCGUUUCGAUUGCUCCCAGUAUGUCUGGAAAUUCAAACCUAUGCGUGUCCCAACUUUUGAGUAAUAUCCAAGGAGGUGUUAGUGCAGUCAUGCACCAGAAUGUGCUGAGUGGUACAGGUGCUGGUAUGCCUUUUGGAACUGGCACACUGAUGUCUACUCCAAGGAUGAUUCAACCAAGACACCCUGGAAUGCAGCCUCUUGGCAGGAAUAACAGUACAGAAGCUAACAUACCUCUGUCUCAGCAGCAAACAUCUGCUACAUUGUCAUCAGCUCAAUCAAACUAUGUCAAAGUCUGGGAGGGAGACUUAUCGGGGCAGAGACAGGGCGAACCUGUACUUAUUACCAGACUCCAGGGGUUCAGGAUUGCUUCAGCUUCUAAAUCGCUUGCUGCGGAUUGGCCCCAAACAAUGCAAAUUGUUCGCCUUAUUACGCAGGAGCAUUUGAAUAAUGAUGUUAGACGGCUCCUCGGAAAGGCAGAAAUUGUAGUUUUUUGGGCAAUGGACCAGCAUGUAUUUCUCAGCCAGCUGCAGGAAAAGAAGCUUUGUGCAGUAAUUCAACUACCAUCACAGACAAUGAUUCUCUCUGUUUCUGAUAAAACCUGCCGCUUAAUUGGAAUGCUGUUUCCUGAGAAUACGGUGGUGUUUAAGCCGCAGAAACUCAAUCAGCAGUUGGAAGCACAACAUCCACAGCUAGAGCAACUGCUGCUGCAACAAUCGCUUCCCCUAUUACAGCAGCAGCGAGCCCUUUCACGGCUACAGCAGCAGCAACCCCUUCAACAGCUGCAGCAACAGCAGCAUUUGAUGCCACUAAAGCGAAAACGUAACAUUCCUCUGCAACAACAUCCAAAGAUUCCCAAAUUACUUCGGCAACAGACUCCACAAAUACAGCAGCAACAGCAGGUACCGCAAAUGCAGCAAACAGAGCAGCAGCAACCAAUAGUUGGGACAUGUGUGAAUCAAGCAUCAAGCGGAGGUACUAGACGGGCACAAGUUAUGUCUCAGGGACAGGCUUCUUCACGAGGACUGCCAAACAUGUCAUGAGGAGGCUUCAUAAAUUGAACAUGACAAUGAAUUAGACAACAAGUCAUUGUAGAAAUUGCAAUCAGACUGAAGCAGCCGAAAUUCCUACUGUCAGCUAUCGAAUUUUGAACUCAUUUUUCAUGUAGAAGGGUACUUACAGAAUAGAGAGGAUUUAAAACUAAUUAGCUCCAGUUGAAAGUAA